UGCUGUAUAACUAUUGUCUCAACUUUGGACGACCAAACCAAAUCUCUUCCUCGUAUUCUACCUUACCUCCUAAACGGCCGCAGCACCAUCUCCGUGCUUGGCGCUUCAAUCAAACGGCUUUGAGCCGCAGAUUGGAUCGAAACGCGAGUCGAAAACGAUCAAGGCCUCACAUAACAAGAGCGCGACCAACCAAGACCACAUCGAUGCGAUGAGCGCCUCAGAGCUGUCCUCCAGCGGAAGCGCAGACGCGGAUUUUACCCCAAGCACGAGCAGCGCGACCAUCAGAGGCUUGCACUCGCUCCCCAUGCAGCUCACCGCACUUCAAGAUGAGCAAGAUGCUCCAGGUUCUUCAAGCUUAAGCGACCCGGGCUCCGCAUCAAGCAGCGGCACGCUCCCUCCUCAACCCUCUCCUCCCCGCCGGCGCCCAUCUCCGAUCUCGACAUCUCCUUCGCUGCUGCCCUCCCGCUACCGGGAUGGCGAACCGCUCAGCAACACCUCCUCGCCCAUCUCCGCCUCCGCCUCCUCCCUACCUUCUCCACCGGAUUCUCCAGACUCGUCCUCCUCCUUCCCUUCUCUCUCCUCGAGCUUUUUUCAGACCAGCGGCCUCGGCGCGUCUCCGCACUCGCAUCCGAGCGAUUACCACCCCGACCACGAUCAUGACCACGACUCGGACACGAGCGCCCACCACCGGCGCCACGACGGCGUCGGGCUCGUGAUGCCUUCCCUCGUACUGCCGCCCGCACUGCGGCGCGAAACUGUGCAUGGGCAGACGCUCGGCCAGCUCAAGAUCUUGCUCGUGAAGGCACCGGGCAGCGACGCGGACGUCGAGUUUAUAGCCCGGGAGAUGCUCGGGAAGACGGCGAACGCGGAUGUCGUGCACGUCGACGAGUGGGCGCCCGUGCCCCUUCGCGACUGGAUCUGCGAGAACGAGGUCACGUUCGAGAGCGAACCUGAGGGAGUGCACGUCAAGGUGUUGCAUGCGUCCACGACGUGGGCCGAGAUCUCGUCCGACCAAGAACCGUCCAUGCAUGGGUUCGAUACCCGGGAAGGCGCUCGCAACGUCACUCUGCUCGCGAUCGAUCUCUCCUCGUAUACGGACGAAGACAUCUCGCGCCGGCUCGUUCCUGUCGCCACCGCAUCGUUCUUGCCCCUCGACCGCAUCCUCAAUCCGGCCCAACCUCCCUCCUCGUCUCUUCUCUCCUUAGUCUCCGGGCCCACCUCCCCGCUGUGGACCGUCUGCAUCGCCCUCUUACCGCCCUCUUCUUCUUCCUCCUCCUCCUCCCCCCUCUCUCCCACUACCUCCUCCCUGCUCUCAGCCAUCGCCUUUCACAUCCCCACAAUCCCUCUUCCUGCCCCUUCCUCCCCUGCACUACACCGGCUCUCCUUCCUCUCCAAGCUCCUCCCGCCUACCACCGAUCCCGAUUAUCUCCACGCCGUCCGCGCCCACCUCUUCCGCACCCCGACUUCCCUCGCCCGCCUCCGGCACGAAGCCGCCGAGCGGUUCCUGUGGUGGCGCGAAGUCCGCCGCGGCGUUCGCGCCGUCCUCUCCUCCGGAGAAUCACUACCCCCUUCCCGUCCACGGAUUACAGAAAGGCGCGGCACCGUCGUGCAAUCCAGCCAUCCCCGCGUGCGCCAGCCCCCAGGGGCUGCAGAUCAAUUCUCAAAUGCGGACGCGAUGAUGCGGCGGUGGGAUGCCGAGUACGGCGCCGGCCUCUCUCGCGACAUCGCGCUCGCUCUAGCCGACGAACGCUCCCGCGUCGCGGCCCGACUCGGCUCUCCGGAGCCCGAAGACCAAGCACCAGCACCAGAAAGCGACGCCUCUUCGCCCCCUCCUCCUCCUCGAAAGGCCGCGUUGUCACCCCAAUCGCUCCGCCAGCGCCACGUCCCCCGCCGGCACACGCGCCCUACCUCGCGUCGCUCGCACUCCCUCUGCUCAUCCUCCUCCUCUCGCUCUUCGCGCCCAUCCGCGAAGCUGCCCCAAGACGCGUGGAGCCACGACAUGCCCGUGCUUGACCCGCUCCACCUACCGUCGCUGCUUGCGUGCGGCGCGUCCGUGCUGGACGCAGCACGUGCCCGCGUGUUCGCGGCGCCGUGGAUGGGCCGAAUUGUUGUCGUGGGAGGUGUGCUCGGCAUCGGUAUCGUGGCGUUUUGGGCUGGCUUGUGGGUUGGUGGGGAGAAGGGUUAUUGAAUGUAAAGUAUGGUUUGGCUCGGCUAGGGACUAUGGGACGGAUGGAUCACUCGUGGCUGCUACUCUCGCUUUGCUCUCUGACAAUGCAUGAUCCUUGUAGCUGUAUAGCUUUCGAUACAAUGAC